CUUCCCUCUGAGGGUGUCGAUUUUGAAGCUUGAACCUCGGAGAAAAAAAAAACUUAAAUACAUCAAACUCAGUUAAAGGAACGAAUGUGCUUCAGGAAACGAACCGGUUAUCGCCUUCCAGACCAUUUUAAUGCAAAAAUUUACACAGGCCCUAUCCCGGCAUAUCGAGAACCCUCUAUGGUGCGCAGUGGGGGUGGGGGUGCCCCCCACCAGCUGGUCACAGCGACCCCGCCACGUCCCAACGCCUGCUGCUUCUGCUGGUGCUGCUGCUGUAACUGCUCCUGGAGUGAAGAGCAGCGGAGGUCGCAGAGACGAGCCAGGGACACCCGUCUGGAGAGCAGCCCUAACUGUGAAGCAUGCACCAAGCCAACGCCGGAGGAAGUGAGGCAGUGGGCAGUGUCCUUCGACCAACUGAUGAGGAGCCCGGCGGGCAGAAACACCUUCAGGGAGUUCCUGCGGACGGAGUACAGUGAGGAGAACAUGCUCUUCUGGCUGGCAUGCGAGGACCUGAAGCAGGAGCUGAACACGAGCGCUGUGCAGGAGAAGGCACGGCUCAUCUAUGAGGACUACGUGUCCAUUCUGUCGCCCAAGGAGGUAAGCCUGGACUCCAGGGUGCGAGAGGUGAUCAACAAGAAGAUUGUAGAGCCAACGCCGCACACGUUUGAGGACGCCCAGCUGCAGAUCUACACCCUCAUGCACAGAGACUCUUACCCCAGGUUCCUUACCUCGCCCAUUUACAAAUCCCUACUGCGCACCGGCUCGUGCUCGUCCUCGGAGACGUAAGCCUUUCCCUGUGUCCCCUCGCUGGCCUCUUCCUCCCUUAUCUCCAGUACCUGGGCCACAUCUCUCCUCCCUCCCCUUCUGUGGGCCAUCCUCAGUGACAAUUCCUUGACAUUUAUGUAGUUUUUUUUUUUCGUCUACCACAAUUUCUGCCCCCCCACACCAAUGAGGUGUCACAGGUUCCUGUGACUGUAAAUCCUAAUAUGGCUUCCUUGACCCGUGGCGGGCGGGUGCAAUAAGACACUGGUCACUGCUUCCCCUCUCCGGCUUUUCGGUCUCCUGUCCACAUUCGCCCCUCAGGUGACCUUAUCUCGGUCCCUCCCUCUCCCCAGAGUCUGGACACCCAGGGACAGUCAGCCGUUUGCCUUAUUUUUUGUGUCAUUCCCCAAGUGCAAAGGCUGAUAGGGUGUCGAGGCUUUGCCAGCGACUCCAUGGAAGAGCUAAGAUAACCAGGCGAUGUAUAGCAAGCUUUGUGGCUGUCCCUGAAGGCGAGGUCACGUAGUGACGCCCCAGUGGCCAUGUGACACUCCUCUAAAACACCUCUAGACUCCACAAAGCUGCACAUGCACCUCAAUGAUCUGGACAUUGCGACCCUGGUUCCGCCUCAGUUUCUGUUCUGCCAGAGCCUCGGAGCUCGGUUCCGUUUGUGCGUUGGACUCUUCCUUUUCUUCUCUCCCUCUCAGAUCGAAAUGAGUUUUUAGUUUAGGUCCAAAACUUUUACUCUUUUU